AUGGACGAGCAGGUCGAUCGUCUGGUCAAUAAAACGUGGGCCAAAUACUGCUCGAUCCCAGAUAACGUUCGCCUCCUCAUCGCCGUCAGUGGCAUCCCCGGGUCCGGCAAGACCGAACUCGCCCGCUCAAUGUCCACCCGUAUAAAUCAGAUCUACCAAUCCAAAAAUCCAUCCGCCAACAUGCCCAUCGCUACAUCUCUCCCAAUGGACGGCUACCACCUCACACGGGCCCAACUGGCCGCAAUGCCCGACCCAGACCAUGCCUUUGCCCGCCGCGGCGCCGCAUUCACAUUUGAUGCGACCAAGUUCCUCACCCUCGUGCGGGCGCUGCGCGAACCUCUCACGUCUACAUCGGGACCUAUCUAUGCACCGAGCUUCGACCACGCCGUCAAGGACCCCGUCGAGGACGACAUUGCAAUACCCUCCACAGUGCGGGUGAUUUUCUUCGAGGGCAACUACUUGAGCUUGAAUAAGGAGCCGUGGAAUGAGGUCGCUGAGCUGAUGGACGAGUUGUGGUUCGUGGAUGUGGACUUUGAGGUUGCCAGGAAGAGGUUGAUAAGAAGACAUAUCAAGGCCGGGAUCGCGGCGGAUGAAGCGCAGGCAGAUUUGCGGGCUCGGGAGAAUGAUCUGGUGAAUGGACAGGAGAUUGUGGAUCACCGAUUACCGGUGCAGGAGGUGGUCUCGAGUAUUUACGAUCCGACCUGGGAGAGACUGUGA